AUGGCGCAACGAUUUCGAGCCUUGCUUGAUUUGUGCAAGCGGCGAGGUUUCCUUUAUCAAUCGGCCGAGAUCUAUGGCGGUUUACGUGGCGCAUACGACUAUGGACCAUUGGGUGUCGAGUUGAAAAAGAACAUUUUGAAAUCGUGGUGGCAGAGGCACGUUUAUUGGCGUGAUGAUGUGGUUGGACUCGAUACAAGUAUUCUCACACCGCAUCCUGUACUUAAAGCCUCUGGUCAUGUGGACGAGUUUACGGAUUUGCUUGUGGACUGCAUGUUGACCAAGGAACGAUUUCGACCUGAUAAAGCACCAGCUUUGCAUUAUUUAUCGGAUAUGCGACAAAUCCCUAUCAAUGCACCUGACAAGGCAACUGCAAAGCUAUGGAAGGAUACGAUUGAAAAGCAUGUAGCCCCUGGUAUCAUGGCAACACUCAAAGGAAAGCAAAUCCUGCUACAUGUCAAGAACUUUGUUCAGCCCGAUGAAAAUGGCAAUGGUGGUCGGAUUGAUUUUGACAGCUUGGAUCAACAACAACCCAUUUCAAUUGAUUAUCAUGGAUACGUGGAACCCAACAGCAAUUCACCCUUCUUGACUGAUAGUCGACCUUUCAAUCUCAUGUUCAAGACGUUCCUUGAUCCCAUUGAUCCCAUUGAUCGUAUCAUUCAGACAACGACUGAAACUGCUGGCAGCAAAACAAAUGUACGUGAGGCUGUGGAUGAUGUAUUACGACCCUCGACUGUGUAUCUACGACCCGAGACAGCUCAAGGUGUCUUUGUCAACUUUGAACAAGUAACAAGGACAAUGAACAAACGACCCCCAUUUGGCAUUGCACAAGUCGGCAAGUCGUUCCGCAACGAGAUCCGAUUGGAACAUGGCAUUUUUCGCACUCCCGAAUUUGAGCAACUGGAACUUGAAUACUUUUGUCCUCCUUGGGAAUCGUCCCAUUGGUUCAAAUAUUGGCGAGAGUUACGUUUCAAAUGGUGGCUCGACCAUGCAUGUCACAAGGAGCACUUUCGACAACGUGAUCAUACCAGCAAUGAAAUGGCUCACUAUGCUACAGGAUGCACUGAUGUCGAAUAUCUUUAUCCAUGGGGCUGGGGCGAAAUUGAAGGCGUGGCCAACCGAGGCAACUAUGAUUUGACACAGCAUAUCAAGAACAGCAAUGCAUCCUUUGAAGUCGUGCAAGACAAUGUAGAACCAACACCAGGCAUUGACACUGACGAAUGCUUAUUACCAACCGAAUCUCCAGCACGCUAUGUUCCACAUGUCAUUGAGAGCUCCUGUGGUCUAAAUCGGGCCAUGUUGGCAUACCUGUGCGACGCUUUUCAUCAAGUGGGCGAAGAUGGCAAACCUCCACGCAGCGUUUUAAAGCUACAUCCACGUCUUGCUCCCGUAAAAUGUGCUGUCAUGCCCCUCACAGGCAAACCAGAAUUCAUGCCAAUAGCAGAAUCCGUGGCAAGGUCAUUAAGGAGGCAGGGAUGGUAUACCAUGGUCGAAUCUCAAAAACUCAAGAUUGGCAAACGAUAUUAUCGACAUGAUGAAAUUGGUACCCCUUGGUGCGUCACGGUGGAUUAUCAAAGCUUGGAAGAUAAUACUGUCACCAUUCGUGAGCGGGAUACUGGCGACCAGCAACGAUUGCAUUGGAAAGAAGUUCAACAUUACAUUAGCGAACGACUUUUAGAAGAUGAUGAUUCAUAA